AUGGAGCGGCGGCGACGCGCAGCAGACGAUUCAACGGGACGGCGCCGACGCAGUCGGAGCUCCAGUCCCGUGUCUUCUCGUCCUACAGUACCACCUCUUGUUUUUCUUGGACAGACGAGAGGGAUGUACGUUCAUCUCAAGGAGUUGCUCGAGUUUUUGUGCAAGUACGACGCUAAGCCAUGA